AGGACGCGGCCAAUGGCGCGGUGCCAAUAACGAGCAUCAGUGGAAGGGCGGGACGAAACAGUUCGCGGGAGGGAGGGGAAGGCCCAGGGAACCAAGCAGCGCUGCCGCCACCGCCGCCGCCGCAACCGGAGUUGGAGGAGGGAGAAGCCAGGAAGAAAAUGGCGGCCGUGGCUGCAGAGGCGGCGGCGACUGCAGCGUCCCCCGGGGAGGGGGGCGCCGGCGAGGCCGAGCCGGAGAUGGAGCCCAUCCCCGGCAGCGAGGCCGGCACUGACACGCUCCCGGUCACGGCCACCGAAGCAUCUGUGCCGGACGGCGAGGCCGACGGACAGCCGUCCGCUCCUCAGGCCGGCGAGCCGCCGCUCUCGCCGCCGCGAGAGCUCGCCGCCCGCAGCCCCGAGGCGGCGGGGCCGAAGCCGGAGGCUGAGGAGAAGCUGCCCGCCCAGGUGGCUGAGGAGGCGGCGGCGGCAGCUGCCGCGCCUCAGGAAGGGCCCGACCUCCCCGCUUCCCCCGCGCCAGCGCCCGAGCAGCCCCCGGCUCCCGAGGAGCGCCCGGAGCCGCCGCCGCCGCCCCAGCCCGCAGCCCCGGCGCUGCUGCCGCCGGCGGGCGGGGACUCCGCGGUGUCGCAACUCAUCCCCGGCUCGGAGGUGCGGGUCACGCUGGACCACAUCAUCGAGGACGCGCUCGUCGUGUCGUUCCGCCUCGGGGAGAAGCUCUUCUCCGGGGUCCUCAUGGACCUGUCCAAAAGAGACCAUGAAACCUAUGGUGCAAUAGCCCUACCUUUGGUGGGAAAAAUUCUGGUGAAGCAGUUUGGGCCCCACGGGAUUCCUGUGACAGUAUUUCCCAAAAGGGAAUAUAAGGAUAAACCUGAAGCCAUGCAGCUCCAAAGUGAUACAUUCCAAGAAGGGACAGAAGUCAAGUGUGAAGUGAAUGGUGCUGUUCCCAACGACCCUUCUCCUGUCCCGCCACCUGAGCCGAGCCUGGCUGAAAGCCUGUGGACUUCCAAACCACCACCACUCUUCCAUGAAGGAGCACCUUACCCUCCCCCUUUGUUUAUCAGGGACACAUAUAACCAAUCAAUACCUCAGCCGCCGCCUCGGAAAAUUAAGCGACCCAAACGGAAAAUGUACAGGGAAGAAUCUACUUCAAUAAUGAAUGCUAUUAAACUACGUCCCAGGCAGGUCCUAUGUGACAAAUGUAAAAACAGUGUUGUUGCUGAAAAAAAGGAAAUUAGAAAAGGUAGUAGUGCAAGUGACUCUUCUAAAUAUGAAGAUAGAAAACGGAGAAAUGAAAGCAUAACUACUGUGAACAAAAAACUGAAAGCUGACCAUAAAGUGGAUGGGAAAAACCAAAAUGAAAGCCAGAAAAGAAAUGCUGUGGUUAAGGUUUCAAAUAUUGCUCACAGCAGAGGCAGAGUAGUCAAAGUUCCUGCUCAGGCGAAUACAUCAAAAGCUCAGUUAAGUACUAAAAAAGUGCUCCAGAGUAAGAACAUGGAUCAUGCAAAAGCUCGGGAAGUGUUAAAAAUUGCCAAAGAAAAGGCACAAAAGAAGCAAAGUGAAACCUCUGCGUCCAGAAAUGCACAUUCAAAAGUCCACUUCACUCGUCGCUAUCAGAACCCUAGCUCAGGUUCCCUUCCACCCCGGGUUCGUUUAAAACCACAAAGGUACCGGAAUGAAGAAAAUGACUCUUCUCUGAAGACGGGACUUGAGAAAAUGCGGAGUGGCAAGCUGGCACCCAAGCCCCAGUCCCGUUGCACCUCUACCCGCUCAGCAGGUGAGGCCCCUUCAGAAAAUCAGAGUCCCUCAAAAGGCCCUGAAGAGGCCAACGGUGAGGUUCAGGACACAAACGAAGUGCUUGUGCCCAGUGAGCAGGAACCACAGACAUUGGGCAAAAAGGGCAGCAAAAGCAAUAUCUCUGUUUACAUGACCCUAAAUCAAAAGAAAUCUGACUCUUCCAGUGCUUCAGUGUGUAGCAUUGAUAGCACAGAUGAUUUGAAAUCCUCCAACUCUGAGUGUAGUUCUUCUGAAAGCUUUGAUUUUCCUCCAGGCAGUAUGCAUGCACCUUCCACCUCCUCCACAUCCUCUUCUUCAAAGGAAGAGAGAAAGCUCAGUAAUUCCUUGAAAAUGAAAGUCUUUUCCAAAAACGUCUCUAAAUGCAUCACACCAGAUGGCAGGACCAUAUGUGUAGGGGACAUUGUUUGGGCCAAGAUAUAUGGCUUCCCUUGGUGGCCAGCCCGUAUUCUUACUAUAACUGUGAGCCGGAAAGAUAACGGCCUCUUAGUUCGACAGGAGGCCCGUAUUUCCUGGUUCGGGUCUCCAACAACAUCUUUCCUUGCUCUAUCGCAACUGUCCCCUUUUUUAGAAAACUUCCAGUCACGCUUUAAUAAGAAGAGAAAGGGCCUGUAUCGCAAGGCUAUCACAGAGGCAGCUAAGGCUGCCAAGCAGCUGACCCCGGAAGUACGGGCUCUGUUGACACAAUUUGAAACGUGAACACGGACAGUAAGCACAAAGACAUUAGCAGGCUGCUGGUUUCAUGGACCUGUACCACAAUGACACAGAGAACACCAGAGCACCAGGACUGAAUGAAAUUGGAGACAGAUUUUUAAAGCUGCAUAAGAAGUAAAUGUUCAGGCAGUGGUUAAAACCAACAGUCUCUAAAGGGCACCUGUAAAUUGUGCUAUAUAAAACCGAAGAAAAGGUAUUAGGGGGAAUGUUUUCUAAAACAAACUUUUGCAAUAAAUUAUGCAUGAGUUGAGGAGAAAAGUGGACAGACCUAAAAGGCAUGGGAUGAUGGCAGAAAUGCUGAAUUAUCUUUCAUACUAAAACUUUCUUUCCCCAAGGUUUAUGUUACUCAGUUCAGAUAUGAGCAAAGGUAUUUCUAAAAUGACUCGCCUGUGGAACCAGUGGUCACAAGCUGAGGCCAGUGUUUCCCUUCAGGGCGCCCCUGGGAACGACAGGAAAGAUUAAUAUCAUCCUAAAAGGAUGGCAAGGUACCCCUACCCCGAAAAUUUGGAUGUUUCUUUCUUUGAUAAAGCAGGGCUGUAUUUCCUUAAUACAUAUUAAGAUGUCUUUAUUUGCCACCAGUAUUUAACAUUUUGUGUACAUUUUCAUAAUCCCAUUCUUCUAAAUUCUGAGUCAGAGUAGAUAGGCUAGCGUUGAUCUCAGAGUGAUGUAUACUCUGAGAGCUAGUCCUGAAAUCUGAGCUGGAAAGGCGUUUACUCUUCCUAUCAUUACUGAUUUUAUUUAGAUCCCAAAAGGUGAAAAGUCUAAAUUCUGAUGUGGUGCUCUCCCCCCAGAGAGCUGCUCCUCCUGUGUCAGUGCAAGAAAUUCUCACAGGUGUCAGGUGUGGCUUAUCCAUGGGGAACUAGCAGCAGAAAGAUGGUGUCAGGCUGUUCAUGAAUUCUUAUCUUUGGAAAAUACGUAUUAUAAAAAGAAACCUUUUUCUUUUUUAAUGAGCGGAGAUAACCAGAUUGACCUGUUAGUGCUACAUUUUUAAGGUAUUUUAUAUUUGAUGGUGCCGUACUUUCAAUAAUAAUAAAAACUGAACUUUUUUAGUGGCAAUACCAAUUUAUUUUUUAAACCAGAAAGAUAAUCCUUAUUGAUUACUUAAAAAACAAAAAAGCCAAAAAACAAUUCACUUAAAGCAGCAUAACUAAGCAUUUGGCUUAAGUGUUCAAACUUUACAUAAUCUUACUGUUUAGGUUUGGAAUUAUUAACUCCACACUCAGGAUUAAUAAAAGGUUCUGGGGGGAGUUUUAGAACAUUUAAUAUACCUAAGGACUUGUUUCACAACUCAAAGAAGAAAAGGUAGGCACUCUUGUUUCUGUGAGUUUAAUGCAAAUCGUAAUUGCACUGUAAGUAAAAAAGUUGAUUGAAUUCUAAAAUUGUCUUUUUGGAAAAGUAUUUAUCGUGAAGUCAUUAUUCAUAUGAUGAAAUCUGAAAAAGCUCAGGAACUAUGCCAGCAGGGAGUCCAAGAUUACAGGCCUCAGUGGCACCAGACUCUCUGCCCAUCUUGUCUUAGCUGUAUGACCACCAGCAGUACCUUCCAGACUCCCUUCCAGAACCAGACAACUCCUGCCAUGUGAGUUGUAUAAUCAAGAGUUUUAAGUAAGCUUUAGCAUUAUUUGUGCAGAGUGAUGGAAAUGAUAAAAGGCAAAAAAAAAAAAUAAAUAAAUAAAUAAAUAAAAAUUUGAGAGAUCAGGCUUUAAGGAUCUUUUUUUCUCAUAAAUUCUCAAAAGGUGUUUUGUUAUAAACCAGAUUUUCAUUUAAAAAAAACAAAACUUGGUGGUAUUUAAAAUCUAGGACAUACCAUGUUGCUAUUUCACUUUCAUUGCUUUAGUUGCUUAAUAUUUAAGCUAUGCUUCAUGCUACCUUUGUAUUUCAAAUCUUCAGAAGCCUAUUUCAUUUUGUAGACUUGAAUGACAACUUUGUUUCUCAUCUAAAGUAUGCUGAGACAUAAAUGUUAAGAAUGUUGUGUAACAUCCAAUAAAGUCUGAUAUUUUUAAAAAUUUAUUUAUAAACUAUUUACUUUAUAGAAGUCAGGUUUUAAAGGUUAUUUUUUACUCAGUGUUGAAAUUCAACCGCUAGUUGUGGAGCUGUUUUAAGUAGCAUCGCUUCCUUAGGAGAACCUGCAAGUUUUUAGUCACUGGAAGGAUUUUAUGGGACUUACUUUAUGUCUAAGCCUGGAGGAAUGUGAAUGAUGGAAACAAAUAUCUACUGGUGGGUUGGUUGGUUGUUUAAAGGAGUCCUGCCCUUAUGGAUAAUUGGUCGCUUCUUUAAUAAGCCCAGCACAUCCAAUGUGAAAGUGAAGUCAAGUGUUUGCUCAGAAACACUAAGCUGUUAGGGAAAAAGUAGCCUCUUAAAACCUACCAGACAAUUGAAGUUUUUCAGUACUGACCCAAAAACUUAGGUCAGUGUGUGUAUUUUUCCCCUUUGUGUAAAGCAAUCCUUUGGAAGGCUGCCAGUUUUUCCAGAGUAUACCUGGAGUCUUUAAUUGCAAACAUUCUCCCAUUUCACCUUAUCUAAAUGAGUGUAGAAAGGAGGCCACUGGAAUCUGGUAAUAUCUUUUCUUCCUCAAGUUUCUCAUUAAUGAUAAGAGAGCUAGAGAGAAGCAGGGAAGGUAAAUAAGCCAUGAGCUCAGUAUCUGGAAGGCCUACAUGAGACCUCUUCCUCCUACCUCCAUACCAUGGUAUCCACCUAAUGGUGUCAUGACGUGUGCCAGUAUGUUUACAGACACAACUCCUACAAAAUACAGGGAAUGAGGGAUGCAACCCAUGGACACACUUAAGAUAAGGAAAUAUAAGUUCAUAUUCGUGUCCAGGAAUCAUGUGUGGACUGUAUCGGCACCUCCCUGGGCAUGUCACUGUGGCUAGAAGCCGUUUUACUGCUUUUAUAGUUCAUUUUUCUCUUUCAAGUAAUGAUUCCUCCUUCAGUACUCAAAUGGAGCAUGCUGUGUUUUUAAAGCAUACUUUGUCUAGUGAUGAGUGUCUUGCCAAAUCUCUGCUUAUUCACAAUGAAAUUUCAUGGCCUAACAACUCCUUUGCUUAGAUAUCAAGAAGGUAAUGAACCUGGACUGAAAGAAGAUACAACUUAGGAAAACUGCCAGAGGAAGGAAGAGCUGGCCAAACACAGAGGCUAGGACAUUGUCCUUAAGAACACUUCUGGGUUAGCCCUUUCAUUCCCUCGUGAGGCAUGUGAGAAGAAGCUUCUAACACUGGUGAUAUUAAGAGAAAGAUGACAUGGGUUCUAAUCUUAGUUCUAUCUUCCUGACAGAAGAACCAGGCCUGGCCGCGCUGGCCAGAAUGGGGUGUAGAAAAGUGUCUCACUCAAGCCCUUCAGUUUCUACUUAGCCAAGGCCCAAAACAUGAGACAAAGGAAUCUUUCCUUGAGCAAAAUGUUCUACAAUCUUGUGUUUUUGAAUUCUAAGCUCAGCCCCUGACUCAUGUGGAUCCUAAGUCAAAGCAGAACCCUGUGCUCUGAAGAUGAACUGAUCAGCAGCGUGUCCAGCAAGAAGAGGUGGAGGGAGACGAAUGUGUCUGGCCGCAGAAGAGCAUAGCUGGCCUUCAGAAAGAGACCACCUAACAGAAGGCAGUGACAGGCAGUCCCUCACGUGUUUAAAUGCAGCUGCUUUCACGCCUGUGGGCUGGAAAAGCGUUUACAGCAGAAGCUGUAGCUGUAGCUCCAGCCUUUGAUGCCAGCACCACCAACGGCAGAGUCCAAUACAAGUGCUACACAGCCCGAGCCAGUUAUCAGACCUUUCCUUCCAGUCGACUUCGUGAGGCAAAUAGCUUUCUAUUUUGGGACCAUCAAAUCACCCGACAAGUCUUGUCUUCAUCUGUCGUGAUACCUGAGCUUAGCAGCCCAGUGCCCGAUAGGAGUUCCCAUUGAGAGAGGCCAUGUUUUUUAGCCAGCCAGAAAUGAGUAGCUGGGACUGAGUCACAGCCACAGAUUGUUAGCAGUGGGGCAGCAAGCCCUGCUUUUAGCUAAGGGGAAAGGAACCGUGAGCUUCCAGUUUCCCCUUGAGUGAAAGGAAAAAGGUGGGGCAUCUUACUUCUAGCUCUGGCUGACAGAACCCGUGUGACGGAACCUAUACCUAGAUGGUGGAUGCCAGAGGGUUGGAAAAUGGGAAGAAAACUAUUUUUGUUGUGGAAUAUUUCACUUACAGAGGUACAGCAGGAUAACAACCUCAUGUACCCAUCCCUAGCUUCAAUCAGCUAGUAGCCAGGAAGACUGAAAUUUCUGAUGCUUUGAAAUAUAGUCACUAGUUUUCAUAACCUACUUUUAUAACUAGUUUGCCCCUUGAAAGGGCAGUUAUAUGCUCUGUGGCUAUUUUUUACCACUCGACUUCGGCUGGCUAGUAGCAAGUCAUCCAUUUCCUAUUGUAGGCUCGGCAGCUUUCGCCCAACACAGGAAGUGCCUGGAAAGAUCGCCUUCCUCCUCUGUACAGCUUUAAUUGUGCAGUUCCCUGAAGGAACAGGUUUUCCAGUCACUUCUGGUAGAACGUGCACACGUUUCCUUUUUUAAAGGAUUUAGAUGACAGGAGGACAGUCUGUGACUUUUGUGGUGCAGAGGGGGCAGCCUGAAAGAUAAGUUGCUCAAAUUUCUCCAAGGAAGUUUUUCUAAGGUGGCAGAUAUGUACCAAGUACACAACAUAGACUGAUAGGCGUGUUAGAGAAGUCGGGGAGGGAUGAGUUAGGGAGGCGAGAAGGGAAGUGGUCACAGAAAACAUGAAUGGCAGCCACUUUGGCUGCAGGUUCACAAGCAGCACCCAUGAGACCGCUGCAGCUCUAGGCUUUCCCUUCAUUUCAGGGGCAAGCUUAAGGGAGUUGAAGUUUGGCUAAGCCAGUUUAUAAAGGACAGAAUUUACAGAUCUGCUUUCCUGGGGGCGGGUCAGGGCUUUAGUCAGGUUUAAAUUUAACACCUGCGGCCUGUUCCCCUGAAUCUAAUCAAAUAGUAAAAUGCACUGAAAAAGUCCAGGUCUGCUCUUCCUGAAUCUGCCUGGAUUUUAGCUUAUGAUCUGUUUGAAGGUGUUCGGCAAUCAUCUAAGGUCAACUCAGACACCAGAGGCACACCACACUAAUCCCCAGGCCUAGCAACAUUUCCUGGGAGCUGUGCCCUACUUAAACUACACAAAAUAUUAGAAAUACACUUGGCAUUUAUGAAUUAAACAAAACUGUGACUUUGACAAUACCUGAGCAAUCUGAAGGUCCAAAGUGUGAGGGCUCGUCAUUUUACUGAAGCUCAGAUGUGGGCCCAGGGCUGUGAUGUUCAGGUCAUUAGCUAGUAGGUUCAGCCACUCCCUGGGCUCCAUAUCCUCACCCAGAGUGACGGUCUAUUCCUAUAAGUACAAUAACGUAAAACCACAGGACAUUGGGGGGUGGGGUUCAUGGAGCAAGAGGAUAGAAAUAACCCAGAUGCACUGCUUGUGAUGGAAAGGAAACACAUGCAGAAAGUUGGUUAUAGAAAGAGGCUGGAUUUCAAGAACAGAACUUCAGACCCAAGAUGUGAAGACAACUACAGAAACCACCAGCUGGUGUGAACUUGUAGGAACAGUCCCACUUUUCCGGUAAGCCUUGUACAGAGGCUCUAGUGGAUGGAAAAGCUGCUCCAUGAAAGUUGGAGAGGUGAUGAGAGAGUGCAGACAUAGAGGACAUGAGAUUCAAUGUAAAUGUGAUCUAGGAGAAAGUGGGGAAGCUGACACUGGAGGACAAGUUGGGGAUUUUUGAAAGUCAAGACAAAUCCUUACAAAUAUCUAAGGUGCAAAGUUUAAAAAGCAGAAGAUAUGCUUAUAAGCCAGUUUGAACAGUCAAUAUGUGAGGACAUUGUACGUGGCUACACAGGAUGGGCUCACUAAGGGGCUUUCUUUACAAACAUUUUUUAAAUACUUUAUUGUUUAAAGUAUUACAUGAGCCUCCUUCUCCCUCUCUCCCCCCCAUUGAUUUCUCCCCAGCCACUCCCAAGUCCAAGCCCUUACCCCCAUUACUGUCCAUUGGUUUUGUUUGUAUGCAUGCAUACAAGUUAAGCUGCGAUUACUGAAUUCACUAUUGAGAAAUCCUAGAUGAGCCCUCCAAAGUGGUCAGAACUACACACCUAUGCAAACAAAAUCCUGCAGAAGCUGAACUCGGCUCUGAUGAGGUCAAGACAACAGGUUGUCUCACUACCUCCCACCACAUUCUCUGGGAGGUGACUAGUAGCACAUAAACCUAAGCUGAUAUUUGAAUAACUUGCUAGUCUUAAAAUUUUGAGAAUAACUAGUUGCUACUUAUCUUGAGAUAACAUAUUUGUUAGCAGCAAAGGAGACAUUUUAAAACAGGUACUGAAUAAAGAGCACAGAAUGAACACGCUGUAGUGAGCUCACAUAGACCACUUAUUGAGCAAUGUCCUUUCAGACUAUAAGUUUCUAGUAGAGCAGCAGUGCUAUUUUGAAUGUAAAUAUGGCCCUUACCUUCUAGGAGCUCCUGGUCUAUUCAUGGAAGCAGAUAGGUUAAAA